AUGCUCAGCCCCGCUCGGCCCUCGCCUUUGAUUUAUUUUCUUCUGGGCGGCCGCGGCGACCCGGGACUGACUCGGGGAUGGGAAGUGAAGCCCCCGGAGCUGCUGCCGGGGCGGCGGCGGUCGCGCUGUGAAGAGCAGCCAGGGGGAGGCAGCUGCGACUCGGCGGUGAGUAUCCGGGAAGCGCCACCAUGGGGCUCCGUAAGAAGAGCACCAGGAACCCCCCGGUCCUGAGCCAUGAAUUCAUCCUGCAGAAUCAUGCGGACAUCGUCUCCUGCGUGGGGAUGUUCUUCGUGCUGGGGCUGAUGUUCGAGGGAACGGCAGAAGCAUCUAUCGUUUUCCUUACUCUUCAGCACGGCGUUAUCGUCCCUGCAGCAGAAGAGCAAGGCACGGCAUCCAAGUCCCUUUAUCAUUACGGUGCCAAAGAUUUGGCGACGAUUUUCUUCUACAUGCUGGUGGCAAUCAUUAUUCAUGCCACAAUUCAGGAGUAUGUGUUGGAUAAAAUUAACAGGAAAAUGCACUUCACCAAAGCGAAACAAAACAAGUUUAAUGAAUCUGGGCAGUUUAGCGUAUUCUACUUCGUUUCUUGUAUUUGGGGCACAAUCCUUUUGAUCUCUGAAAACUGCCUGUCAGACCCAACUCUCUUAUGGAGGGCUCAUCCCCAUAACAUGAUGACAUUUCAAAUGAAGUUUUUCUACAUAGCACAGUUGGCUUAUUGGUUUCAUGCUUUUCCUGAACUCUACUUCCAGAGAACCAAAAAACAAGAUAUCCCUGGUCAACUUGUGUACAUAGGGCUUCACCUCUUUCACAUCAUCGGAGCUUAUCUCUUGUACUUGAACCAUUUGGGAUUACUUCUUUUGGUGCUGCAUUAUUUUGUGGAAUUACUUUCCCACAUGUGCGGCCUGUUUUAUUUUAGCGAUGAAAAGUACCAGAAAGGGAUAUCUCUGUGGGCCAUUGUGUUUAUUUUGGGUAGACUUGUUACUUUAAUCGUUUCUGUACUCACUGUUGGGUUUCACCUGGCUGGAUCGCACAAUCGGAAUCCGGAUUCCAUUACUGGAAAUGUAAAUGUGUUGGCAGCUAAAAUUGCUGUUUUGUCGUCCAGUUGCUCUAUCCAGGUAUACAUAACAUGGAACUUAAUUACUCUCCGACUUAAGAGGUGGAUAGACGAUUCUAAUUUUCAGACCUCAUCCGUGAAGAAGAAACGGUCCAAGUCUAAAAAAGGAACGGAAAAUGGAGUGGAAACCUCAAAUAGAGUAGACUCUCCCCCAAAGAGGAAAGAGAAAUCUUCAUAAUGAGUUAUGGGCUCCUUGACUAAGGUCUCCAAAGGGAUCUGCUCUUUACUACAAGAUUUCUUUCUGCUCUAGAGAUUUUUCUGUUCUUAAAAAUUGUGCUCUUUGGUUUUUGCUAUUGUACUGUUCAAUGUAUUUUUU